AUCCAUAUAUUAGUCAACACCCCCCCCGCUUCCCUUUUUCCCCCUUCACCGAAACCCACAUACACCAAAUAAGGAAAAUCUUCUCUUCUCCGCUUUUUAGCUGUUCUGUCGUCUGCAAACCCUAAUUUUGCUAACUAGGACGUUUUUAGCAUCAGUCAGAUUGGGGUAAUAGUGUGAAAUGGCAUCUGUGUCCACUCAACCACAAUUCCGGUACACACAACCUCCAUCGAAGGUCCUCCAUUUGAGAAACUUGCCAUGGGAGUGCACGGAGGAGGAACUGAUUGAACUGGGGAAGCCAUUCGGUAAAGUUGUCAAUACGAAGUGUAAUGUUGGAGCAAACCGAAAUCAAGCUUUUAUUGAAUUUGCAGAAUUAAAUCAGGCCAUCGCAAUGAUAUCAUAUUAUGCCUCAUCCUCAGAACCGGCUCAGGUGCGAGGGAAAACUGUGUACCUACAGUAUUCCAACAGGCAAGAAAUAGUGAACAACAAAACUACUGCUGAUGUUGCUGGAAAUGUGCUCUUGGUAACAAUUGAGGGUGCUGAUGCACGCCUUGUUAGCAUUGAUGUUUUACAUUUGGUGUUUUCAGCUUUUGGCUUUGUACAUAAGAUUACUACAUUUGAGAAGACAGCUGGAUUUCAGGCUUUAGUGCAAUUUUCUGAUUCAGAAACUGCCUCAUCAGCGAAGGAUGCCCUUGAUGGAAGAAGCAUUCCAAGGUAUUUGAUUCCCGAGCUGGGACCAUGUAGCCUUCGGAUCACAUAUUCCGCGCACACAGAUUUGAGUGUGAAAUUUCAGAGCCAUCGUAGCAGGGACUACACUAAUCCUCAUCUUCCUGUCGCUCCCUCAGCCAUAGAUGCAAGUGGUCAGAUCAAUUUGGGUUUAGAUGGCAAGAAACUAGAGCCGGAGAGUAAUGUUCUUCUGGCUUCUAUUGAGAACAUGCAAUAUGCAGUUACCUUGGAUGUUAUACACAUGGUUUUCUCUGCUUUUGGGCCUGUACUAAAGAUUGCCAUGUUUGAUAAAAAUGGGGGAGUUCAGGCUUUGAUUCAGUACCAUGAUGUGCAGACUGCUGUUGUUGCGAAGGAAUCCUUGGAGGGACACUGCAUAUACGAUGGCGGAUAUUGCAAACUUCACAUUUCAUAUUCACGCCACACCGAUCUGAGUAUAAAGGUUAACAAUGACAGAAGCAGAGAUUAUACAAUGCCUACUGGUCCUAUGUUGAACUCUCAACCUUCAAUUCUUGGGCAGCAACCACCCUCAAUGGCAGGUCCAAGCUCUCUGCAGUACAAUGGAGCUCAGUAUACUCCAAAUCCUGAUGGGCUUGCGCUGCCUCACCCUUCAGCAGGUUGGGGCUCACCCACCACAGCACUUUCUCAAUCCAUGCCCAUGCAGAUGCAUAAUCACCCUUACAUGCCACAUGCAAGUAUGCGCCCUGAAAUGGGCUCUGGGAUGAUGCCAUUGCAUAUGCAGAAUGGCCUACCACAUUCAGCAGGAAUACCCCCGUAUCAUCCACAAUAGCAUUACCGCUGAUAUUUUUGUCCCUGAGAUUGUAGAUGUUUCAGGGAUAAGCAGGCUACAACAGAAGGGUAUAGCGUGCAACCUGUAAUAUGAACAUCCUUCGGCCAAACUUGCGUAUGUUGAAUCUCACAUUUCAAGUUUGAAUUGCUCUUUUUUCCCCCUAGUUCUGUGGGUGGAUGUCUUCACAUUGUCUGUAGGCUUUGAAAACUGCCCCCUUAAUUCUACUACUGUAUAUUAUCUGAAUACUUGCCAGCUUGCUUUUUGGGCUGAACACGCUGGCUGAUCGGGCAUUGUCUAAGUGUCCUUUUAGCUUUUCCAUUGCACUUAUUGUGAUUGAUGAGAAUUAAUUUCCCUUUUGAUCAAGAGGCUUCAAGCAAAGCAAAAUUAGAAAUCAGAUCAUCCUAAUUGCUAC